UACAUGUAAUUUUUACUAAUUUGUAUUAGAAAAACAUUCUAACGAAAGACAAAAUUACACGCGACAACAUUUCAAUUUGUGCUGAAAUAAUCAAUUUUGCAAGAAAAUGGAUCAAGAAAAUUCUGUGCCGGCAUUUGCUGUUACUGCGGCCGUUGGAGCUGUAGUUUUGCUGAUUAUGCUUUUUUUCACAAUGAGCCGAAAAACUACAGAAAAUGAAGAGAAAGAGGAAGACAAGAAUGAUUCAAAACCUGCCAACAAGCAAGAAAAACAGGCCAAUAAAAAGGUUAAGCCAGCUGGAAAAACCAAGGUGAAAUCUCAGCAGUCUACAUUCGCUCAUAAAUGGUUGGCAAGUUCACUUAAAGGACACGGUGCAAGGAUAUUAGAUAUGGACUUUAGCCCUAAUGGAAAAUAUGUGAUCACGGUUGCAGAAGAUCGUUCAAUAUUAAUGUGGUCUACAAAAGAAUUUGAGCAGAAAGAGCACAAGUCAAUUAGAGGAAAUGUUGAUCUGGACCAUGCAACAAGAGUGAAGUUCAGUCCAGAUUCAAAGGCAUUUGCAGUUAGUCUUGGGAACGCUAAUACAGUUCGGGUAUUUAGAAUCGGGAAGAAAGAUGAUGGAAGCCCUGGUAAUAUUACUGGGGCUAUAGAUUUUCCUCAGAAACAUAAAGCAGAGAUUAUUAAUGUGGGUAUAGCCAGCAAUGGUAAAUAUAUCAUGACAAUCUCAUCUGAUACAACCAUGAUAGUCUGGUCUAUAAAAGGUGACGUGUUAAAUGAGAUCAACACUAAUCAUAUGAACAAUUCAUACGGGGCCGUAUCUCCGUGUGGGAGAUUUGUUGCUUCCUCAGGAUUUACCCCAGAUGUGAAGGUUUGGGAAGUAUGCUUUACAAAAACAGGAGAUUUCCAAGAAGUGAAACGAGCAUUUGAGUUAAAAGGCCACUCCGCUGGUGUUUAUUGUUUUGGAUUUAAUAAUGAUUCUACCAGAAUGGCAUCAGCUUCAAAAGAUGGUACCUGGAAAUACUGGGACACUAACAUACGCUAUGAUAUGAAUCAAGAUCCAUAUUUAUUAUUUACCGGAAAGUUACCGUUAUCAGGACCUUGUCUCGUAUCAUUAUCGCCCGACGGUAGAACGGUGGCUAUUGCUCAAGAAACGUCUAUAUAUGUGUGUAACUCGUCAGGAAAUGAUGAAGAACUCAUAGAAAAUGUUCAUUCAGAGCCGUCAGCACAAAUUGGUUUUGACAACUCAGGAAAGUAUUUGCUUAGUGCAGGGGAUAAACAUGUUCAUGUCUUACAUAAUAUCACAGGUUACAAAGCAACUAUAGAAGAGUUGAUAGGUUUAGAGAAAAAGGCCAGUGGUCAGGCAAUGAAAGAAAGGAUUAGGUCUCAAAUUAGAGAUUCCCAAGCUGCCUUAGAUAGAAUUCAGGGAGGGACUUCCAACGGCCAUGCUACAGUCCAGUAAACUACCAACAUUCCCUACAGUGUUCACAAUACAAUAUGAUAUUCUAUAUUUAGUAACAGUUAUAUAGUGUUCCUUAUGGAAUAUGGAAAAAAAACAAAAACUUAACAUUUAUAGUAUAUAAAAUAUUCUUGGUGGAUGCAGUUGGAAUAUGGAAAAAACUGAAUAUUUAUAUAAAGUUUUCUU